AAAAGCCACAUCGUCUGAACUCGAUAGAGACAAGGGGAGGGGUUUGGGGUUUUUACGUCAGCUGAAUUUGAUUAUUUUGAACGGGUCAAGAUGGCGGAGAAGAGCGGGUUGAAGCAUCGGAAUCACUCUCAGCAAAAUAGCGAAAACAGCACUUUCGAAGAAGGUGAGCAUGGGGUGGAGGAUGUGCCUCAUAAGAUGAGCCCUGAGGAAGAGAAGGCCCUGUUGUCUGAGGAAGAUGCGUUGUCGGCCAGGCCGGUACAGAUCGUUGUGGCUCACGAGGACGACCACGCCUUUGAGCUUGACGAGGCGGCGCUGGAGCGCAUCCUGCUGCAGGAGCAUGUGCGCGACCUCAACGUGGUGGUGGUGUCGGUGGCCGGUGCCUUCCGCAAGGGCAAGUCCUUCCUGCUGGACUUCAUGCUGCGCUUCAUGUACAACCAGACAUCCUGCUCCUGGCUGGGUGGGCACGAGGAGCCACUGACAGGCUUCACCUGGCGGGGGGGCUGCGAGAGGGAGACCACGGGCAUCCUGGCAUGGAGCGACGUGUUUGUGGUGGACAAGCCAGACGGGAGCAGGGUUGCGGUUCUUCUAAUCGACACACAGGGGGCUUUCGACAGCCAAUCAACCAUCAAAGAUUGUGCGACACUGUUUGCGUUGAGCACCAUGACCAGCUCUGUACAGGUUUACAACUUGUCUCAGAAUGUGCAAGAAGAUGACCUUCAACAUCUCCAGCUCUUUACCGAAUAUGGAAGGCUGGCCUUGGAGGAAAUCUAUGAGAAACCCUUUCAGACUUUAAUGUUUCUUAUAAGAGACUGGAGCUACCCUUACGAGCAUCCCUAUGGCUUGGAUGGAGGGAAGAGUUUCCUGGAGAAGAGAUUACAAGUGAAACAGAACCAGCAUGAGGAGCUGCAGAAUGUCAGGAAGCACAUCCACUCCUGCUUCUCUAACAUUGGCUGCUUCCUCCUGCCCCACCCCGGCCUCAAGGUGGCCACCAACCCCAACUUUGAUGGCAGACUCACAGAUAUUGAUGAUGAUUUCAAGACUGAGCUCGUCAACCUAGUUCCAAUCUUGUUGUCCCCGAAGAACUUGGUGGAGAAAGAAAUCGGAGGAUCCAAAGUGACGUGCCGAGACCUUGUACAGUAUUUCAAAGCAUACAUGAAAAUAUAUCAAGGGGAGGAGCUGCCUCAUCCCAAGUCAAUGUUACAGGCAACGGCUGAAGCCAACAACCUUGCAGCUGUUGCAGGAGCAAAAGACAUUUACAACAAAGGCAUGGAGCAGGUUUGCGGAGGCGACAAGCCCUACAUGGCCCCCGAUCAACUGGAGCGUGGCCACGCGAACCUGCUGCAGGUGGCGGUUAAACACUUUCGCUCGGUCAAGAAAAUGGGCGGCGAGGACUUCUGCCGGUGCUACCAGGAGCAGCUUGAAGCAGAGCUGGACGAGGCCUUCACGAACUUCAUCAAGCACAACGAUGGCAAGAACGUCUUCUACGCGGCGCGCACGCCAGCCACGCUCUUCGUUGUCAUGUUCGCCAUGUACGUGGCGUCGCUGGUCACGGGCUUUCUGGGUAUCAACACAGUGGCCAUGGUUUGUAAUCUCAUUAUGGGCGUGGCACUGGCUGCACUCUGCCUAUGGGCCUAUGUGAAGUAUUCCGGCGAGUUCCGCGAGGUGGGCAGCGUCAUCGACCAGGUGGCCGAGACCCUGUGGGAGCAGAGGACUCCACGAAAGAUAUUUUCCAAACUCUUUGAGGUGGCGAGGAGUCGAGUCCAGUUGGAUUCCUUGAUAACGACCCAGAGAACGAGACUGGCCUCCAACAACAAUGUCAAGAAGAAAAACUAGCCCCUGCCGGUUUUCCCCCUUUGCUUGGUUUCCAGUGUCCAUUUUUAGGACUAUAUAUAAAUGUAUUCUUUUUUUGAUAGCUCAUGGUCCCCAUGCCAUGCUGGUUUAGAAUUUAAAAACUGAAUUUUAUACCUGGUUCUCACCACAAAUGUAGAGUACAGGUUGGCACUUUCAUGGUUGAUUUGUUUUCUCAUUACAUGUUGAGGGGAUUAAGAGGUUAAGGGUGGGUAGGGUGACAUUGGGUGCUUAAGUUUUAUCACGUGUGUGUGCAUGAUUAGCUGUCACGAUUUCCAUUUUUGGUAUGGAUGAACAUACUAACGAACAAAUUAAGCUUGCUUUCCUUGCUCCUUUCACUCCACCUCCAGUUGGUUUUAUUCUAUUUUUCCCCCACUUCCUUUGUCACCCCCUCUCCUCCUUUUGUCUUUCCCACCACUCUUGUCUCUCUCCCCAGGUGUUGAAGCCUCUGGGCGAUCACUAUAGGCUAACAUUAGGCUGAGUGUGGUCAACAGUCUCUGCUUGUCUGAGCGAGCAGGUGUCGCAACACGCAAAGUUAGAGUAAAUGAGUGACUGAUGGUCCACUUCCCACACUAACAUUGCCAACCUGCCCAUAGAACCAAAGUUUACAGCUUUACCCUCUGUAAUUGGUCAUAGCCACUUGUCACCUAACUCAGGCACCCAAUGAGAAGGCGGCAUUACGAGCGGUUAGCAGGGCAGGAAAUGAUGAGCCCGUCUCUUUUUCCUUGAUCAGACUGCUGAUUGGAUGUUUUGUGAGAUCCACCCCCCCUCAUGGAAACUGAUUGUUAUAGUGACAGGACAUUUUGUGGCAAUUUAUUUAAGCAGGACAUUUUUCAGCUCAGUAGUUUGUGGUUGUCUGGGACAGGCAGUGUUUACAGAUCUGUUUAAACCACAAUUUACUCGUCUUUUCUGUAAGAGCUUUCUUGUUUUCCUUCCCACUUGUCUGAGUGAAUGGAUAAAAAUCAAUGUAAGAACAACCACUGCCUGCUUAUCAGUUCAGCAUCACCCUCUCCUCACAUCUCUCAACCAGUUGCUCUUAAGAUGAAUCAUUUUGUAUAUUUCUAUUCUAGUAUUAGAAUUGUUAUUCUGUUGAAAUUAUUCCAUCCAGACCAUUACCACCAAUGUGCUGUUUUGUACAGUUAUUUUUUUUUUUUACUCAUCAAAAAUGGGGCAUGUGUACGAAAUAUACAUAUAUAAAUACAUUUUCUAUACCUUUUUUGUAGGUGGAAGAGCAAUGGUUGUGGUAGGCCACUGUGCAGUUUACUGUAUUUAAAUGAAUGAUUUUGUGAUUUGUGUAUGUCCAAUAAAUUAUUUUUUAUAUACAUUUGUAAAGUAAUCCACAUUGAGCACUGCAAUUCCACCCCUGCUGACAAAUGUUUGUUAACUUAAUUUGUCUUCUGUUGCAGUUUAAAGUUAUUUCGUUAAUUUAUUUUUCAAUACAAGAUUAAAACAAUACCACAGUA